AUGGGUUAUGGGAUGGAGGUGGGGGUCCCCUGUGGCUACUCCCUGGGAGCUGGGGUUAUAGAGGAAGAUGUAGCUUUGGUCAUUUCUGGGCAUUGGUGUGCCCCGAGCAAGUGCACGUCCUUCACCAUCAGCAGCUCCCCGAGGAUCUUGUUGAACCUCUCCCACCUGGUCCCCGCGGUAACCAACAAGGAGGGGGCCAGCACCCGGCUGCUUCUGUGUGAGCCCAUGGAUGUGCUGGUGAUGGUGAAGUUCCCCAGCUCUGACAUCAGCAAGGAGGACAAGGUUUCGGUCUCGUACUAUCAGCCAGAUGUGAAGGUCCCGGUGGCCACCGCUGAGCUCUUCCUCACUGGCAUCGAGGUCUCCCUGGACGUGGACAUUUACCGCAGCGGGCAAGUGCAGGUGGCGAGUGACAAAUGGGCUAAGAAAAACUGGGCCUGGGGCCCCAGUGGCUGGGGAGCCAUCCUGCUGGUGAACUGCACCCCGGAUGGCAAGGCCCAGGACGGAGACAAGACCAAGGUGUUCUUGCCUGAGGAAAUAAACAAUCUGUCCCCGAUGAUGCUAAGCGUCCAGGGGCCCACCUGCUUCUUAAAGACUUGCCGGCUGGUUCUCUACACCUCCAAGGAAGAGGCCAAGAAGGCGAGAGUCUAUCGGCCCCAAGACCACUCGGACACCUUCACCUUCGACUUGGUGCUGGGGCCUGGCUGCCACACCUACACCUUUCCCCCCCUGGAGAGCUCCCUGAAGGAGACCUUCUACGUGGAAGCCACGGAGUUCCCAUCCGCCAGCUUCUCCGGCCUGAUUUCCUACUCGGUCGCCCUGGUGGAAGAGUCUGAAAACACGUUAAUUCCAGAGACCCUGAUGCACAAGGACAUGGUCGUGUUCAGGGUGGCUCCUUGCAUCUUCACCCCGAGCACCCAGAUGCCUCUAGAGAUCUACCUGUGCAGAGAGCUGCAGGUGCAAGGUUUUGUGAAGACGGUGACCGAGCUCAGCGAGAAGAGUAAGAGCCAGGUGGCGUCUGUCUACGAGGACCCCAACCGCCUGGGCAGGUGGCUCCAGGACGAGAUGGCCUUCUGCUACACCCAGGCGCCCUACAAGACCAUCUCCUUGGUCCUCGACACCCCCCGGGUCUCCAACCUCGAAGAAUUCCCCAUGAAAUACUCCCUGAGCCCGGGGAUUGGCUACGUGACCCGACCCACCGAGGACGGUAAGGUGAUCACUAUGGAUUCCAUUGGGAACCUGAUGGUGUCCCCACCCGUCGAGGUCAAAGGGAAAGAGUACCCUCUCGGCAGGAUCCUCAUUGGCGGCAGCUUUUACCCCAGCAAGGAGGCCCGGGACAUGAGAAAGGACCUCCGGGACUUCCUCUACGCCCAGCAAGUCCAGGCCCCGGUGGAGCUCUACUCAGACUGGCUGAUGAUCGGCCACAUGGACCAGUUCAUGUGCUUCGUCCCCACGCAGGUCAAGGGUGAGGGCGACAAGGGCUUCCGGCUGCUCCUGGCCAGCCCCCGCUCCUGCUACCAACUCUUCCAGGAGAAACAGGAGGAGGGCUAUGGGGACAUGGCCCUGUUCGAGGAAGUGCGGGAGGACCAGCUCCUUUCUAACGGGAGGGAGGCCACUACCAUCAAUCAGCUUCUGGAUGAUGACGACAUGAGGAAGCAGAACGACUAUGUGGAGAAGUGCAUUAACCUGAACCGAGACAUCCUGAAGCGGGAGCUGGGCCUGCUGGAGAGGGACAUCAUCCACAUCCCACAGCUCUUCUGCUUGGAGCAGCUGAGCAACGUGCCCGCCACAGAGCAGACGGAGAAACUCUACGCCAGGCCCUACUUCCCCAACCUGCUGCAGAUGAUUGUGAUGGGCAAGCACCUGGGCAUCCCCAAGCCUUUUGGGCCCCAGAUCAAGGGCACCUGCUGCCUGGAAAAGAGGAUCUGCCAGUUGCUGGAGCCUCUGGGCUUCAAAUGCACCUUCAUCAACGACUUUGACUGCUACAUGACCGAGAUCGGAGACUUCUGUGCCUGCGCCAACGUCCGCCGCGUGCCCUUUGCCUAUAAAUGGUGGAAAAUGAUGCCUUAG